CUUCGACUGUAGCUCACGAUAACCCCUCGCAUACAACAAAACCAGCAUAACAUCAAACAAUAUAUAAUACUCUAUAGCAAGUGUGAAUAUGUUUGUGCAUAAAAAAUACAACUAUUUGUGUGUGUAUAUAUGUAUGUAUAUGAUAUAGAAAUAUAUAUUUGUAUAUACAACCUGUUGGUGUAUCUUCGUUGAACCGUGUAUCUACAUGGAUUAUGGGUUCCUGUAAAUUUACUUCAUCACAUAAAUAAUUUCCGUUUUUUCAAAUAUGUUGUGUUAGCUUUCAAUGAUUCUCUGGUAUCAAAGAAUACGUGCUAGGUUAUUGUGAAGUGCAGGGUUUCCGUUUCGUGUUUGGAGUGCUGGAAAUUGAGGCCAGAAGUUUCUCAGAGCGACUUGGAAGUUCCAAGAGCAUGAAUUCUCCAACCACUCAGUUUGUCACAUCGGAAAGGAUGAGUAUGUAUGACCCAAUCCACCAGAUUUGCACAUGGGAAGACUUCAAAGUCAGAAAGCUCGUCACAUGAACCACUUGGACCUUCAAACAAGUUGGACCAAGGAGCAACUAAACUUACUAAUAAGGUACUCAGACGUCUUGCACAAAAUCGGGAGGCUGCUCGCAAAAGCCGUCUGCGGAAAAAGGCUUAUGUUCAGCAGUUGGAAACGAGUCGCUUGAAAUUAUUUCAAUUGGAAGAAGAGCUUGAACGAGCUAGACAUCAGGGUCUGCAUAUUGGUGGUGGAUUAAAUGCUAAUCAUCUGGGAUGCUCUGGAAGUGUGAACUCAGGCAUUGGUGCUUUUGAUAUGGAGUAUGGACACUGGGUGGAAGAACAAAAUAGACAAACUUGUGAAUUAAAGAAUGCUUUGAGUUCUGAUAUUGCUGAGAUAGAGCUUCGCUUCCUGGUUGAUGGUUGCAUGAAACACUAUUCUGAUCUCUUCCGCAUCAAAGCAAAUGCUGCAAAGGCUGACGUCUUUUACAUUAUGUCUGGCAUGUGGAAGACAUCUACUGAACGCUUUUUCUUCUGGAUUGGAGGCUUUCGUCCUUCAGAGGUUCUAAAGGUUAUUCUGCGCCAGCUGGACCUGGCAGGCCAACAAUUUGGGGAUAUGUAUAACCUAAGACAAUCUUGUCAGCAAGCAGAAGAUGCUCUUUCACAAGGAAUGGAUAAACUCCAGCACAUAAUUGCGGAGACUCUGGCAGCUGGUCAACUUGGUGAAGGAAGUUACCACCCACAGGUGAAUAUGGCAAUGGAGAAGUUGGAAGCACUGGUGAGCUUUGUGAAUCAGGCUGACCAUAUUCGCCAGGAGACCCUGCAACAGAUGUCUCGCAUCCUAGCCACCCGCGAAGCAGCACAAGGCCUGCUUGCCUUGGGCGAGUACUGUCAGCGCCUUCGAGCCUUGAGUUCCAUUUGGGCUACCCGCCCACGAGAACCUGCCUAGUCAUAACACAAGCUGGAUGCAAAUUUUAGGGAUAUACAAUCACCAGCAGAAACCUUGCUUCAGCUGCCAAGUCCACCUCUUGCUAGCCUGCGAUGCAAAUAUGUGACAAAACCCCAGCUGCUGUCAUUUUUUGAGCAGCCUCCCACAAAUGAGAAGUUGUAGAUAUGAUAUGAAUGAUGAAUGACUGUUUUAUCAAGAGGAAGACUGUGAUGACUGCAUUAAUCUUCAGGGUUUGUACAUGAUGCUGUCUUGUUGAAGGCAGAUUUCUUGGUUGGAACUUAUCAUCGAUGGUGUAAAUUAUCAAAAACCGUCUUUAGAAAGCAGAGGGGCAUGCUUUGAUCCUUAACAAUUAAUGUGGGUGAUGAGUUUUUAGUCUAUGUAAUUGCUUUUCACCUAAAGGUUCUAUAUCAUAUGGUUUACAGAUGGAUUUAAGCAAGAGGAUGAAUAACUUUAUCAACAAGGUCUUGGUAAAAUAUAAAUAUGUAUAUGAAUAUUAUUGAUUUGUGGGUUCUCUAGUGAUGGUUCAUAACUUUAGGUGGAUGUUACCAACAUAUGUAAUUGUCAUUGUGGAGUUGGGAACUUCAUUUAGCACA